AUGGCGCACCAGGGCAUCUGCCCGGAGCUUGCAGUUUGCACCACCGGCCCGUCAGCUGUGUCUACCGGGGUCACAACACUCCCUCGCAGGCAUUUCCUCCUGUCAGCCCUCGUCCUCAAACGCGCACUCCAAGCUCAGCUCGGCUUCCUUAAAUCCAUAUUAUCCGCGUCUCCACUGGGAUCACGGCGGUUCUUGAGGUUAUUCACCUCUGGGGUGCAGGGGAUCACUGCAUCACAUCAGCAGCUUCCAGAGAGCCCGAGUCGUCAGACGAAGCCUGUGUUUCAGUCCUGGUUCAAGGGGCUGAUCCUGUUGUGUCUAUUGCUCUACAUCCUGUAUAGCACUCUGUUCAGCAGCUCUCUGUCCUGGUUCAAGUUUCCUCUCCCUAUGACUCAUUUCAUUCGUCUCAAUAAGCCACUUCCUCCUUACCGUGUCGACCAACGACUCAAACAGUCAAAUGUAAUCAAUGAAAACACCAAACUACCAUCGACUAUUAUUUCAUCUACACCAUCUACUCUGUAUCACCAAGCUUACCCGCGGAACUACCACUUUGUUAUGGAUAAUGCAGACGUGUGCAAGACGAAAACACCUUUCUUGGUCCUGAUGGUUCCAGUGGCUCCUAAAAAUGUUGAAGCCCGGGAUGCCAUCCGACAGACAUGGGGAAAUGGGAGCUUGGUUCAGGGAGAAGUGGUUCUUACUCUGUUCAUGUUGGGCCUCGCUGAAGGUGCUGAUGUUGAUCAGCUGCAGGAGAAGAUCAAACAGGAGAAUCUGCAACACCACGAUCUGAUCCAAAGUGACUUCAUGGACACUUAUCUCAAUCUGACCAUCAAAACUAUGGUGAUCAUGGAUUGGCUGGCCACUCGCUGCUCUACAGCAACAUACGCCAUGAAGAUUGACUCGGAUAUGUUCCUCAACAUUGAUAAUCUUGUCAUUAUGCUAAAGAAGCCUGGCCUCCCCAAGCAAAACUACCUGACAGGGUAUCUUAUGUGGAACAGGCCGGUCGUCCGCUCAAAGGAUUCCAAGUGGUAUGUUCCUGUGGAGAUGUACCCAGAUCCCCGAUACCCGACAUAUACUCUGGGCAUGGGGUAUGUCUUCUCCAUUGAUCUUCCAGAGAGAUUUGUGGAGAUGUCAAAAUCAAUCAAGCCCUUUAAUAUUGAGGAUGCUUACAUUGGAAUGUGUAUGAAAAAGCUUGGACAAAAGCCCGUAUCACCACCAGAUCCCUCCCAGUUCAAGGCCUAUAACUCAAAAUAUAACCGUUGUGAAUUCUCAAAGAUCAUCACGUACAUCCUUGCCAAUUCACAACAGUUGAUAACAUACUGGACAGAGUUGAAGAAGCCUGGACCAUACUGUUAA